AUGUAAUCUAGUCUUUGCAGCUUAAACAACUUACCUAAAGCAAAUGGUGCCAAUAAUGUUCAAUCUGACAUUAGCAGUACAGAAUUUACAAUUAAUGACUUAAGACCAAAUUAAUUAAAACAUGAAGUAUUGCUGGCAGAAUUUAAAGGGGUAACAAAAAGAUUCAGAAACAUUUAGAAUUAAUAGCAGUUGAAGCUAAAAGAUUUGUAUUAUUUAUCAAAUGAGCCACUGACUCUAAUUGCUAUAAGUAACUCAAAAGAAGGCAAACUUACAAACCCCACCUUUGUGGAAUUUAUUAAAAAGCCAACCACUUAAAGUGAAAAGAAGUUUGGUCCAUGGAACCGGAAUUAGCAAAGGGAAGAGUUAACUGACGUAGUUUUAUGA